CCCGCGUCCCCCGGGUCCCCCCCGAGCCGCCCCGAGUCCCCGGAUCGUCCAGUCCCAGGCCGCCUCCUGGCUGCGCGGUGGAGAUGCUGCUCGGUCCGCGGAGGGCGGGCGGCAGUCCCCUCGCGCCCUUGGUGGCAAAUGGCGCUCGUAGUCAGGACACACGCCCACCCCCGGGGGGAAGCGUCGGGACGGAGGGGACCCGGAAUUCCGUGUAGCUUCACGCCUGGUCCCCGAGUCCGCAGGUCCCGGGCCGCAGGCUGCGGGGAAGGGGCGUCGACGUCUGCGUGCUGGGCCCCGGGAGUCCGGCUCCUGUGCGCUGGCUGGACACGCUCCUCUGCACCGAGCGGAGCUCCACCACCUUCCAAGCCGCUCAGGUCCCCCCUGGGCGAGGCUGAGGCUACAAGACUAGCCACGAAGGCAGCUGCGGGCUCGCGGGCCCUCUGAGCACGGGUGGCCGCGCGGGGCCGGGCUGCCCACUCCCUCUCCUCUGGUUCCCGACUCUCAGGGCCCCUGCUCAUUAGGGUGUGGCCCGGCCUGGGGAGCUGAACAGGUGGCCAAGUCUGGUGACAAGGCCGUUGGGCUGUUGCUAUGGUGAUGGGGAUGGAGGCCUUUUGCCUUCAGCCCGUUUUCUGCAUGGCAGCUCUAAUGACCAGCCGCCAGCCCUGCGGAGGCCCUGCUCCUGGUUGCCAUGGCAGCGCUGCCUUUUCCCCAGCAGGACGCCCCCCCCCCCCCCAGGAGAAUUCACCGCACACCUGGUCUCCGCAGGAAGUGUUGGGUGGCAGCUGAGCUCCGGGAAGCAGGUUAGGGUGUGAGAGAAACAGUCACCUUCAGCCUAAUUGCUCAAAUGCUGUCCCCAGCACCGAGGGGACAGCAGCGUUUCUGCUGAGUCUGUUGGAGGCCGAGCCGCAGCACAGCUCAGCACAGCCUGAGAGCUGAGCGGCGCCCAGCGAUGGCCCUGCCCCGGCCACACCCGGCCUGACCAGGCCUCUGUGGGCAAGGGUCCCGGGUGCAGCCCUGAAGACGAGGCUGGUGGGCUUGCUGGGAACGAUGAAAAGGAGGAAACUCUGUGACUGAAGCGCCAGCCAGAACCCAGCCGGAGGGGGACCAUAGCGGCCCAGGCGCCCAGGCCAGCCAACCCCUGGUUGGGAGAAGCCUCGGGCAGUCCUGCUCCGAAACCUGUUGGAAAGGCGGAGGGGUCCCAGCCCCCAGGAGCGGGCUGCGGUGCGGAUGCCGGAUGACGGUGCCGGGAUGGAGACCGCCAAGAAGGAAAAGGCAGAGCAGAUCCUGGCGGAGUUCCGACUGCAGGAGGAGGACCUGAAGAAGGUGAUGAGGCGGAUGCAGAAGGAGAUGGACCGAGGCCUGAGGCUGGAGACUCACCAGGAGGCCAGCGUGAAGAUGCUGCCCACCUACGUACGCUCCACCCCCGAAGGCUCAGUGGUGUCCCCAGACGUCUGGCAUUGCAGCCCCUUGUCCAGUACUCCUGGGCCUCCUGCCUUCCCUCCUCCUCUCCCUGUGGCUGCAGAAGUUGGGGACUUCCUCUCGCUGGACCUGGGUGGCACCAACUUCCGGGUGAUGCUGGUGAAGGUGGGGGAGGGGGAGGCCGGCCACUGGAGCGUGAAGACCAAGCACCAGAUGUACUGCAUCCCCGAGGACGCCAUGACGGGCACCGCGGAGAUGCUCUUCGACUACGUCUCCGAGUGCAUCUCCGACUUCCUGGACAAGCACCAGAUGAAGCACAGGAAGCUGCCGUUGGGCUUCACCUUCUCCUUCCCCGUGAGGCACGAAGACAUCGACAAGGGCAUCCUGCUCAACUGGACCAAGGGCUUCAAGGCCUCCGGAGCAGAAGGGAACAACAUUGUGGGGCUCCUGCGAGACGCCAUCAAGCGGAGAGGGGACUUUGAGAUGGACGUGGUGGCGAUGGUGAACGACACUGUGGCCACAAUGAUCUCCUGCUACUACGAAGACCGCCAGUGUGAGGUUGGCAUGAUUGUGGGCACGGGCUGCAACGCCUGCUACAUGGAGGAGAUGCACAACGUGGAGCUGGUGGAGGGGGAAGAGGGCCGCAUGUGCGUCAACACCGAGUGGGGCGCCUUCGGGGACGCGGGCGAGCUGGACGAGUUCCUGCUGGAGUACGACCGCGCGGUGGACGAGAGCUCGCUGAACCCGGGCCAGCAGCUGUACGAGAAGCUGAUCGGCGGCAAGUACAUGGGCGAGCUGGUGCGGCUCGUGCUGCUGAGGCUGGUGGACGAGGACCUGCUCUUCCGCGGGGAGGCCUCGGAGCAGCUGCGCACGCGCGGCGCCUUCGAGACGCGCUUCGUGUCGCAGGUGGAGAGCGACUCGGGCGACCGCAAGCAGAUCUACAACAUCCUGCGCACCCUGGGGCUGCGGCCCUCGGCCGCCGACUGCGACCUCGUGCGCCGCGCCUGCGAGAGCGUGUCCACGCGCGCCGCGCACAUGUGCUCCGCGGGGCUGGCCGCGGUCAUCAACCGCAUGCGCGAGAGCCGCAGCGAGGACGUGAUGCGCAUCACCGUGGGCGUGGACGGCUCCGUGUACAAGCUGCACCCCAGCUUCAAGGAGCGGUUCCACGCCAGCGUGCGCCGGCUGACCCCCAGCUGCGAGAUCACCUUCAUCCAGUCGGAGGACGGCAGCGGCCGCGGCGCCGCCCUGGUCUCCGCGGUGGCCUGUAAGAAGGCGUACAUGCUGGGCCAGUGACAGCGGCGGCCAGGCACGGAGGAGGCUCCAGGGGACAGACUCCCCACAGGCGCCCCAGCCUGGCCUGCCUCCCGAGCCGCCUCCGCCUGGUGCUGGGAAGGCACAAAGGAGACGCCAGGCUUCCCGAGUCAGUGGGAGGGACAGCCUCCCGGCCCUGCCUGGGUUGGGGGCUCAAGGAGCAGAAAUGGAGACGCCCAGCCUCCUGUCUUUCUGCUGGGACCCCCACCCGGAGGGAGUGGCUCGCUCAGGACUUAGUUGGAGCUUCCGGCUUGGUUCAGCCUUGCCUGGGCCCCGCUCUGGGGAGGGGUGCCCUGUGGACCCUGCUGUGGCCUGGCUUCCCUGGGACUCCGCCCACAUGGGGAGGCAGCCCAGGGACCUGGCCAGAUCUCCGCCUGGCUCCACGGCACAGGGCUGCUGACCACCCAGGCCUGGUGGGCUCUGCCUGGAGAGAGGGGGGCAGGGACCAGCUCCGCGUGGAGAGGAGGCCCCAGGAGGCCUGGGACGGCAGCCUCUUCCCGCCCACCCCGCCUCUCCUGAGGGCCGGGCGCUCACAGGAGGUACCGGAGACCAGCCCCCACAGCCCGUCAAGGACCCAGGAAGAGGAGGACCCCCGCCAUGGGGCUGCCACACACCAGCCAGCAGCACCCAGCACAGCCUCCAGGGGACCACCAGCCUCUUCAUGCCCAACAUGGGACUGGGUGGUUUUUUUAAUUAAAAGUUUUAAAAGUUUA